AUGGAAACAAACAACGAGAGUGCUGAGACAGACUUCAUCCUACUCGGAUUUUCUGAUCGACCACAACUAGAACGCAUCAUCUCUGCCAUUGUCUUCAUCUUCUACAUUGUGACUCUGGUAGGAAACACAACCAUCAUCCUUGUCUCAUACCUGGACCCCCAGCUCCACACCCCCAUGUAUUUCUUCUUAUCCAACCUCUCUUUUCUGGACCUCUGUUAUACAACCAGCAUCAUCCCCCAGAUGCUAGUCAACCUGUGGGGACCAAAGAAAUCCAUUACCUACGGAGGCUGUGUGCUCCAGUUCUUCUUUGCCCUUGACCUAGGAGCCACAGAAUGCCUUCUCUUGGCUGUGAUGGCCUAUGACCGCUACGCCGCUGUCUGCCAACCUCUUCACUACACAGUCAUCAUGCACCCUCAGCUCUGCCACAGGAUGGUGCUGACUUCCUGGUUGGGUGGUCUGGGCAGUGCGCUAAUUCUUUGUUCCCUGACUUUAAAGUUGCCCAGAUGUGGGCACCGAGCAGUGGACAAUUUUUUCUGUGAGAUGCCAGCUUUGAUCAAGAUGGCUUGUGUUUAUUCAAAGGUGAUUGAGAUUGUCGUCUUUGCUCUUGGAGUGAUGUUUCUAUUGGCACCUCUAUUACUGAUUCUCAUCUCAUAUGGAGUCAUCAUUCAAGCUGUAAUGAAGAUCAAGUCAACAGCAAAGUGGCAGAAGAUCCUCAACACAUGUGGCUCCCACCUCACAGUAGUAACUAUCUUCUAUGGAACAGCCAUCUACAUGUACAUGAAACCACAACACACUACAUCUCAAAACGAAGGGAAAUUUCUUACUCUCUUUUACACAAUUGUCACACCCAGUCUGAACCCUCUGAUUUACACUUUAAGGAACAAAGAGGUGAAAAGUGCAGUGAGGAGAUUAUUGUGGAUUAAAAAAUGUUAAGCAAA